AUGCUGGAUAUCGACAUUACCGAAAAAUUCAAUGAAGAUCGACAUUUUGAAGGUAUCGAUCUUUGGUUCAAUCUAUUAGUUAUUUUAUUUUUUAUUGCAUCUAUGAUUAUUUAUACCAUUUUACUUCCAUUUUAUAUAUACGCCAAUAAAAUAAACCAUGAGAAAGAUAAAGAGAUUUUCAUCUACCCAAUCAUCAAACACUUUAGUCAAAUGGUAAAAAUGUACUAUUUUAUAUUUGUUUUAAUGUGUAUUUCAUUUUUUUUUAUCCUCAAACUAUACUUUUUAGAGAUAGGCAUAGAACUCCCAAUAUUGUUUUGCUAUAGCUUAUGUAAAUUGCUUCACACCAUAACUCAAGCAUUUCCCAUGUUAAUGUUUGUACUAGCAGUUCAGCGGUUUGUUAUAUACUUUUGCUCAUCCAGCGAAAAAAAGUUUGAAUAUCUGCAUAGGAUCAUUAAAAUUAAACAUUUGUACUUUUUAAUAUUUUUAAAGAACUUUCCUUUGACAUUUUCUCCACUUGGAAAUUUGUGGCAAUGAAUCAAGGCGAAUAUUGGAUUGAUUUUUUCAAUUGGAUUAAUUGCUCUAUCAAUGAUGCUCUUGUGUUUCUCUCUGCAUUUUUAUAUAUUCCAAUUGUCAUAAGUAUUCGAAAAAUGGUUAAUUUGCAAUCAGCACAACAUUCCAAUCCUCAAAAAUACAUUUUCCUGCAGACAAUGGUGGUUUUUACAUUCAAAUCUACCCACGUUCUCACAUACCUUAUGGCAAGCUGUGGUGGUGAUUUCAAUUCCAGUUUAUUCCUUCAUUGGAUGAUUGUGACAGACUUCAUAACCACACCGUUAAUCGUCCAGGUGUCAUACUUAUCAUGCAACGAGAGAAACAUAAAACUAUUGUUUUCCUCAUUCAGUUUUUCGAAGUUGUUCAAUGUUUUGUUUAAUCUCAAAACUGGUGCUACAGUGUUGACACGCGCAGCUACAAUUUACUCAACACAUUGA